AUGAGCGGAGAGUCAGACACGGGGCCAGUGGGGCAGAGGUGCAGACAGAGCUUCUCCUAGGGGAGCGCGGCAGGGAGGGAGGCGGACAGAAGGCAGGGGCAUCGCCGUGUGCCACCCCGCGAGUUCCUGGGGUUUGUGAAACCCGCUCUUGCGCUCUGUUCUGUCCCCCACUACUCCCCGGGCAGCCCAGCCCGGAAAGAGGGGAAAGACCUGUGGCUCCAGGAGAGCUCGGCCAGGCGCUGGGCCACAGCCCCCCGGGGCGACCCCCCACACACUAGACACAGAGUAUCCCCAAGUUUCACUUCCCUUCCCUGAGGAGGGGAUACCGGGAGGAGGGCACUGGUGAUAGCCCUCGUGGGAUCCCUGAGCGGGCCAUAGUGGAGAGGAGGAGGGAACAGGUGGGACCCUUGUCCUGGGCCACGCUCCAGCCAAGUGAGUGGGAAGACAGCUUGGAAGGAACGGCUGGCGCGCGCCUCAGCCUUUUUGUGCCCUCUGGUGGUGACAAGGAGGAAACACAAGUGAUUGAAAGGAAACGAACAGCAGCAAUUGCUUGUCGCCAUGCAUGCAUCUUUGGCCAACAGGUGGCCCUGCCCCACGUCACCCAUUCUGCCCCAGUGCCCUUGAUCCUGCCUCUACCACUUCUCCCUGGCAGGGCUGGCUCCUCCCCCUGCAGGGUGCUGGGCCGGGCCUAAAUUACGUCCUAGGCCAUAGCUCUGUGCAGGACCCACAGUGGCUGUGGACAGCCUCAGGCUGCAGAGCCCUGUUCUCCAGGCCCAAGCAGCCAGGCCUUCCCGGAUGAGGAAACCAAAGCCCAAGAAAGGUGAGUGACUUGGCCAAGGAUGCACGGUGAGUGAGUAGUUGGCCAGCAAGGGGACCCAGGUCUCUUUACUCCCAACUCCGGGCUCCCGGAUGCCAAUUCCCCUCCUUCCCUCCCCAUCCCCCACCUCCUCCCUCUUCCCUUCUCCCUCUCUCCCCUCGACUUUUCCCCCUUUUACCUUUAUCCACUGGGACUGUGUCUGGGAGGUGGAACACCUGGGUUUUCCACCCCAUGCCUGGUCUUGACUCCAGGCACAAUGUCCUGCUCUGAGCUCCAGGACCCACUGGGAAAGCAGGCCGAGUCCCCUGGGAGAGGGCAGUAGGAUUAAAACUAGGUGGCCUUCUCCCUCCUCAUACUCCCUGCAUCCAGCCCAGACUCUGGGCCCUCACACUACUGCCUCCUUCUCCUUGAGGAACGCACUUUUUCCACUCAGCUGGGGCCCUGGAAAGGAUGAAUGUAGGUCUCAAGGGUGAUGAGCCCUGCUGAGGCUGAGGGCUGUCCAUUGGGGGAAGCAGGUGACAGUCCUCUAGUCCAAGUCCCCACGGCACAAACACUGGCCUAAGAACAUAGACUCCCUGUGCCCCAGUUCACCUUGUAUAAAAGGGAGCCAAUAACCUCUUAGGGCUAUUGUGGGAAUUAAAUGAGAGAAGGAUGCCAAGCAAUGUGCACAGUUCCUGGAACCCAAGGACUGCCCAGUAAGACGCUGUGCCUUUUUCUUCACACACUAGCCUCCUACAGGAGAUCUGGACAGUUAAACCCAACAGGUCCUUCCUAUGUUGCCUUCAAAGUCACAGGGACUUGCAUCAUUUCCCAUACCUAUGGCAAAAGAAGGGGCCACCCUCAAGGUCACCAGGGACCUGAAAGCCGCGGUCUCUGCCAUCCUCCAGGGCUAUGGGGAUGGGAAGGGGCCAGUAACGGAUGCCAGUGCUGAGCUGCACAGACUCUGCGGCUGCCUGGAGCUUCUGCUGCAGUUUGAGCAGAAGGAACAGAAGAGCUUCCUGGGGCCUCGGAAGGAUUACUGGGACUUCCUCUGCACCGCCCUGCGGCGGCAACGAGGGGACUCAGAGCAAAUCCACAUCAUCUCCUCGCAGGACAAGAAGCUGAAGACCUCUCUGGGCAAAGGCCGUGCCUUCCUCCGCUCCUGCCUGGUCCGAGGGCAGCUGGCUGAGUCCCUGCAGCUCUGCCUCCUGAGCCCAGAGCUCACCAGGGAAUGGUAUGGCCCCCGGAGCCCUCUGUUGUGCCUCGAACUCCAGGAAGACAUUCUGGACUCUCUCUAUGCUCUUAAUGGAGUGGCCUUCGACUUGGACCUGCAGCGGCCGGACCUGGAUGGGGCCUGGCCCAUGUUCUCAGAGUCCCAGUGUUCCAAUUCUAGCCAGAUCCAAGGAAGAAGAAGAAAGACCAAAGAGUCUCCAAAGAAGAUCUCAGCAGCAUCCAGAGGCCCCAGAGGGGUCCAGCUGGAGGACCCACACACCAGUCAAGCUGGCUGCCUUCGAAAUGCAACCAGAGAAGACGAACUGGUUGGACUCUCCAAGACCCAGCAACACAUGCAUCUUCCUUCCUUCUUGGAAAAGAAGAGAGAAGAUUCCAGGAGCCUUGGUUCCCCCCAGAGCACUUGGGAACCAAAGGAGGAUCUUCAACUAGACCAGGAAGAGAGAGCCCCAAGGAGUAGGAGAUUCUUGGAUAACUCAACAGCCAGCAUCCAGCAACAGACGGAGGGAGCCAAGGAGGCCCAGAAGGAAAAGCCUGGAGUGAAGGCUAAAGACAGAGGGGUUCUUCCAGGUCCAGAGGUUCAGAGAACAGAGGGGGCUGAUAGAGAAGAGGCAGAGCAGGAUGAAAGCCAGUAUCUGCUGGCCUCCAGUCCCAGAGGAAAGAUGGAGGAAGCAACAUCAGGGAGCAGGCAAAGGUGGGAGGUGCCUAGCAUUCUGGGGGGGUCCUGGGUUCUCCAGGACCUGGGAACAAGGGAAGUCACCAUCAAAGAACAGCCACAAGAACAAACAGAAGUGACUGGUGUUGCCAGGAAAGAGGAGCAAGCAGAGGUGCCCUUGCAGGAAGUGGUCAAGAGCCUCAGACUUGGACUCCAGAAGGCCAAGGAGCAGGCCCACUCCCAGGAGCAGCUGCUGAGAGCGAGAGAUGGCGAACUGCAGGCGCUUCAGGAACAGCUCCACAGGUGUGAGGAGGAGAGAGACCAGCUGAGGGCAGAGCUGGGGCAGAAGCAACAGGAGGCCAGGAGGAGGAAGGCCAUGUACGAGGAGGAGCUUGGAGAACAGCGGGACCUGAUCCAGGCCAUGAAGAGGAGGAUGCUGGAACUGAUUCAGGAGAAGGACCGCCAGUGGCAGAGGCUCCAGCAGCUCUCCUGCUUGGUCCCUAGCUGCUGCAUUGGCUGUAGCAAGGUCUUCGGCCGACUGUCCCGGAAGUACCCAUGCAGGCGCUGUGGAGGCCUGGUCUGCCAUGCCUGCUCUGCAGAUUACAAGAAGAGAGAGCGCUGCUGCCCAUGCUGUGCCCAGGGAGAAGAAGCUCAGGUCACCUGACAAAGACCACCACCACCCCAGCCACCCUGCCUGUCUACUCCCUUCCCUCACUCUUCUCACCCCUCUUCUGUCCAGUCUUCCCUUCUAGAAGCUGCUGAGCUAAGGCCAUAGCACUGUAGCAUGGGCAGGAGUGGCUGGCAGUCAGCUGACAGUUCCAGCACUGCAUCUCCCACCAAUGGAAGAGCUGGGCAGGAUACGCAUUAGGCUCUCAGGACUUGUUCACUACUGUGAGGGAAAUGGGUUCCAGCCUCUCUCCAUGAAGUCCCUCAAAGCUCAGCAAAUCCAUGACCAUGAAUCGCCCCAGGCUCUGCCACUUCUCUACCCUACCUUCUCGCCCAGCUGGGGUGCCCACUCCACACCUUCACAGCAGCACAGCCUGAACAUAUGCAACUGUUCAGUGGCUUCCCAUGGAAUCUGUUUCAGAGAUCUGUUUGAUUCAUUUUGGUUUUUGUUUUGCUUUGCUUUGCUUUUAACAGAUUUAUUGAGGUGCUAUUGACAUACAAUAAACAUCACAUAAACUUGA